CGAUUGCUUCUCGGUCCACAUUUCUUGCAACUGCAGACUCCAAUACCAGAACUAACAGAAAAAUCAAAGAAAUAAUAUCCAUCUGUUUUGGGUUUUCUUGGAUUUUAACGACGACCCUUUGUCUGAAUCUUCAUCUUGGCUCCAAAGUAUUUAGCUUUUUUGGGUUGAGAGUGGAGGUAUGGGAAGGCUGUUUGUGCUGAGUCUUGAGGGGAAGAUCUAUAGCUGCAAGCACUGCCGGACCCAUCUUGCUCUGAGUGAAGACAUAGUUUCCAAGUCUUUCCAGAGCAGGCAUGGGAAGGCUUAUCUCUUCGGUAAAGUAGUGAAUGUAACUUGUGGGGAGACUGAAGAGAGAGCGAUGAUGACAGGGCUGCACACAGUCGCUGACAUAUUCUGUGUUGGGUGUGGAUCAAUAGUGGGGUGGAAAUAUGAGACUGCUCAUGACAAGAGCCAGAAGUACAAGGAAGGAAAAUCCGUCCUUGAGCGGGUGAAGAUAUCUGGUCCGGAAGGAAACAAUUAUUGGGUCAGUCAUGGAGGGCAUAUCGGCAGCAGCGAUGCAGAUGACGCUUGAUUAACACUCAAGACUUCCAUAUUCAACUGUACAUUCUCCAAAUCUCAUUGUUCUUUGUCAAUCAUGUAAAAUAUCAAACAGUCGAAUCUGUCAUUUUCGGUAAAUUCUCUGCAUUUGCCUUCGAUAACAUCAUUGUUCAACAUUUGAUUGUUAAUUGUGAUUCAGUUUGUGUUCAACUUUGAUCAUCACUGUUCUUAAUGUUUGUCUUCUGAAUUUGAUGGGUGUUGCUGCCUUCCUAAGGGCCUUUUGUUUUUGGCCCGUCUCAGUCCCUGGAGUUUCAUACAUCAAAUGUUAAAAACCAAGGGAAAAAAAUAAAACAAGCCUUAAUUCUGAAAAUUAUUCCAUAAAAUCUGGCGGGAAAUACAAUUUGAUGACAUCAAACAUCAAAGUGUCGAAACCCAACGGGACCCACCCUGAAAAUCAAUUUACCACUUUUUGUGUUAAAAAC